CAAGUGGCUUCUUGGGCAUGUGCUAUAACCUUCCUUCCAAAAUGCUACUGUUCCUCUGUCUGGUUCUCUUGGUGCUUGGGCUUCAUUGUGCACCACCUAACAGCUCUGACGGCAAAGUAACCACCUGCCAUUCCCCCCAACAAAAUGCCACUCUCUAUAAGAUGUCAUCCAUCAAUGCUGACUUUGCAUUCAACUUGUACCGGAGGUUCACUGUGGAGACCCCAGAUCAGAACAUUUUCUUUUCCCCUGUGAGCAUUUCUGCAGCUUUGGCCAUGCUCUCCAUUGGGGCCUUCUCCAGCACCCAAACUCAAAUCCUGGAAAGCUUGGGGUUCAACCUCACAGACACCCCAACGACAGAGAUCCAGCAGGGCUUCCAGCACGUGAUCUGUUCAUUGAAUUUUCCAAAGAAGGAGCUGGAAUUACAGAUGGGAAAUUUCCUCUUCAUUGGGAAGCAGCUGAAACCACUGCCAAAGUUCUUGGAUGAUGUCAAAAGACUCUAUGAGACUGAAGUCUUUUCUACCAACUUCUCCAAUGUUUCUGCAGCCCAGCAGGAGAUCAACAGUCAUGUGGAGAAGCAAAUGAAAGGGAAAGUUGUGGGCCUUAUUCAAGAUCUCAAACCAAACACCAUCAUGGUCCUGGUAAACUAUAUUCACUUUAAAGCCCAGUGGGCAAAUCCUUUUGACCCAUCCAAGACCGAAGAAGGUUCCAGCUUCUCAGUGGACAAGACCACAACAGUGCAAGUGCCCAUGAUGCACCAGAUGGAACAAUACUACCACCUGGUGGACACAGAGCUGAACUGCACGGUGCUGCAGAUGGACUACAGCAAGAAUGCUCUGGCACUCUUUGUCCUUCCCAAGGAGGGCCAGAUGGAGUGGGUGGAAGAGGCCAUGUCAUCAAAAACCCUAAAGAAGUGGAAUCGCUUACUGCAGAAGGGGUGGAUUAACUUGUUUGUUCCAAAGUUUUCCAUUUCUGCCACGUAUGACCUUGGAGCUAUCCUUCUGAAGAUGGGCAUCCAGGAUGCCUUUGCUGACAAUGCCAAUUUUCUUGGACUCACAGAGGACAAUGGUCUUAAACUUUCUAAAGCUGCCCACAAGGCUGUGCUGCACAUUGGUGAAAAGGGAACCGAAGCUGUAGCUGCCCCUGAAGUCAGAUUUCUGGAUCAGUCUGAUAUAACUCUCCGCCCUAUCAUCCAAUUAGAUAGAUCUUUCCUGUUGUUGAUUUUGGAGAAAAGCACCAGGAGCAUUCUCUUUCUGGGUAAAGUUGUGGACCCAAUGAAAGUGUAGUUGGGAGAGAGGCUGUAAGCUAAUUGCAUGUACUUAUUGCAAUGGAAAAUAAACAGUAUAGCCUG